AUGGACAUUACAAAAAUCAACGAACUCAUCAAAAGUCAAGAAAAUGAUUACAAUGAAAUAAGAAGGAUUUGGGAUAACAUCAAAAAGGAUUCAUCGACAAGAAAGACACAAAAAUAUAUUGAAGACAGAAAAAUAUAUUUAGACAGCGUUUAUCAAAGAGCACUACAAAACCACAGACUAUUAGAAGACCAAGAAAUUAUAUCGACACAUAAAUACAAGACGUUAAACUAUUUCGACACUCACAUUAAGGCAAACUACGAGGCGGCCAUAGACCAUUUGACUAAAUGUGAAGACAAACUGCAACAUUUAAUAGACAUCGCAGACAUAAACUUUGAUCAAACCAAUGACCAAGAAGACAACGACAAGACAAUUUCACCGAAAAUAUUCGUACAAAAAUACAGACUAAAGCAAAUUAGGAAGAAGAUAUGGACAGCAAUGACGGCCAUCGCUGACAACAAACCAGCGUGGCACUUACAAUCACUGACAAAGACUCUUGAAAAACAAUUUCAAGAAAUUGAAGAAAGUCAUAUUCAAUUACUUAUAGAACAAAGUACACUCGACGACGAAUAUUUUGUAGACGAUUGCUUUACGACAAUUCAGGAAGAAUUAGACGCUACAUUAGACAAACUACGAGAAAAAAUUUACGACCAAGACACACAUAAUAACAAGACUCAAUCGACAAAGUUACCAAGAAUUACCAUACCAAUUUUCACGGGAAGUUAUGAAUCAUGGAACUCAUUUUACGAUUUAUUCAAGAAAAUUAUUGACGACGACUGUACCAUUUCGACAACAGAAAAAAUGCAAUACCUAAAAACUCACGUGCGCGGCGACGCAGAAAAGCUAAUCAAGCAUUUGACAGUAAAUGAGGUCAAUUACAAGGCGGCGCUAACAUUGCUGGAAAAACGAUACAAAGACGAGAGACUUAUAGCACAAAAAUUUAUUGACAAGUUAUUAGAUUUACCAAAAAUUCAGCUUCCAAAUGCAAAAAUGUUGCGUAAUAUGCACGACUGUAUCAAUGAGAGCUUAGAGGCACUAAAAAACCAGAAAAUUGAUAUAUCCUCAUGGAGUCCGAUUUUAACCCGUUUAGUAAGUCGCAAGUGGGACCAAGAUACUAACAUGAAAUAUGAAGAUCAACUAGAAGAGACAAACAAAUUACAAGAUUUCGGAAAAAUGAUGCACUUUUUAGAAAAACGAUUCAAAAGUUUAGAGUCAAGCAAAGCUUCAACUACAGUAAAUACCACAUACGUCCCACCAUCAGUAAAAAGCCAAGAAAAAUCAUACUGGCAAGACAAAAAAGGGCAAUGCUGGUAUUGUCAUAACGAACAUAAUAUUCACCACUGCCAGGCGUUUAAAGACCUUCAAGUAAAUGACCGCAUUAAAAAAGUGCAAGAAAAACAAAUGUGUUAUUUAUGUCUAAUGCACGACACGAAGAAAGAAUGCGUCAGUCUAAAGUAUAAGAAAUGCGAUAUAUGUAAUAAGGCGCAUUCCACACUGUUGCAUCGUAAUUUUAACGAAUAUUUACUUGCAAAACCGCAGGGACAAACUAGUGCAAACGAAAACAUAAAAAAUUAUUCGAAGUCAAGCUCAUCUAAAUCAUAUGUACCUAAGCCACAACUAAAACAAAAUCCAGUGCAAAAAUUUACUUCAAAUACGACUACGAAAACGCAUGGAACACAAAAAACAAUACUUCUAGCCACAGCCUUAGUACAGAUAACAGCAAUCGACGGCACUUUACAUUUGUUACGAGUUUUAUGCGACCAAGGUUCUGAGGCUUCCUUAUGUACAGAGGAAGUAGCGCAACUACUAGGGUACCCCAGACAAAAGAUAGAAGCAGAAAUAAAAGGUAUUGCAGACGAAAAACCUAAGACUUCCAGACAUAUGAUUGAUGUCACACUAAAGCCGAGAUUUCCCAGUACUUAUAAAUUAUCGACAUCGCUGAUCGUAUUACCGAAGCUAACCGGUGCACUGCCGAAGCAUAAUCUACAACAAAUAAAUAACUUAAUUAUGGAAAACAAAAUGAUUGCUGACCCAACAUAUUACAAACGCGGCCCAAUUGACAUACUUUUAGGUGCCGAAGAAUAUAGCAAAAUAUUAUUACAAGGGUUUGAAAAAUUAGAAAACGGCAUUAUCGCCCAAAAUACAGAAUUAGGGUGGAUAUUGUCUGGAUUUUGCUGUACAGAAAAUUUGAAUGGAAUGAAAAUUAUAAGUCUCAUGACACGCACCGAAGAAACACAACAACUUACAAAAUUUUGGGAACUUGAAGAAGUGACAAGCGAAUACCAAUUAAAAGAAGAAGACCAAAUUUGUGAAAAAUAUUAUACAGACACGACCCAAAGAAAUUCCGACGGAACUUAUACAGUCAGACUACCAUUGAAAGACCCUUCGAUAGAGUACGGCAAUACGCGUCAAAAAGCCGCCGCCAGACUCAUACAAUUAGAAAAGAAACUAGACAAAAACCAUGACCUACGACAAAAAUACAACGAAUUUAUGAAUGAAUACUUAGAAAUGGGUCAUAUGACAAAAGUAGUAAAAUCAAGUUACUAUGAAGGAAAAUAUUACAUUCCGCAUCAACCGGUAAUACGAGAAGACGCGAUAACAACAAAACUUCGUUGUGUAUUCGAUGCAAGUAGUAAGUCGAGCACAAAUAUAAGCCUUAACGACAAUAUGCAUAAGGGUCCUCGUUUACAGCAGGAUUUAGCGACAAUAUUAUUACGGUGGCGAAAACAUAAGUUUGCAUUUAUGGCGGACAUUGAAAAAAUGUACCGUUUCAUAAAAAUACACAAAGAUGACCUCUCCUACCAGAGAAUAUUAUGGAGAUGGACCCCAAGACAACCCAUAGAAGAAUACGAAUUGACAACAGUUACAUAUGGAACUACUGCCGCCCCGUAUCUAGCCACAAAGACUCUACAACAACUGGCAAAAGACGAACGACAAAACUACCCCGACGCCAGUAGAGCGACACUAGAAGACUUCUACGUUGAUGACAUCCUAUCAGGAAACAAUGACCUCGAGAAAACAAAAUUGUUACAAAAACAACUACUAGAGAUGCUGCGUGCCGGAGGAUUUAACUUGAGAAAAUGGUCGUCAAAUAGCACCGAAUUGUUAGAAGACAUUCCUGACGAAUACACAGACGAUAAAAUGAUCAAACUACCCUUAGAUGAAACCAGAAAGUCACUAGGAGUAAUUUGGUCACCACAUGAAGAUAAUUUUCAAUUUAAAAUAAACGUAACGAUCAAAGAGAACCCAACAAAAAGAUUUAUUUUAUCUGAAAUAGCAAAAUUGUUUGACCCCCAUGGCUGGCUCCAACCUGUCAUUAUUACAUUGAAAUUGUUGAUACAAGAACUCUGGAUCAGUGGGAUAGGCUGGAAUGACACAGUACCAGAAGAAAUAAACAAAAAAUGGCUUGAGAUUCAAAAUCAAUUAAAAUGCAUUGAAAACAUUAAAAUACCAAGGUGGAUUUAUUAUACCGAAACAGAGGUCGAAUUACACGGGUUCAGUGACGCAUCAGAAAAAGCAUACGGUGCAGUCGUGUACUGCCGUAUAAAGGUGAAUGGCUCUUAUCACGUGACUUUAUUGCAAGCUAAAACAAAAGUAGCUCCUAAGAAGCAUAAAACGACCUUGCCUCGGCUCGAAUUAUGUGCAGCUGUUUUAUUAACGAACUUAAUUAGGAAAGUAAAAACAGCGCUCGAUUGCGAACAAACAACAAUCAAUUGUUGGACAGACUCCAUGAUCACACUCGGAUGGAUAAGAGGCGAAGCAGACAAAUGGCAAACAUUUGUUGCAAAUAGAGUAUCCGAGAUACAACGAACGCUACCACAGGCUACUUGGAAUCACGUUGCGUCUGCAGAUAACCCAGCAGACAUCAUAUCGAGAGGUAUAGAGCCCAAAAAGUUACAAACAU